CAGAAAUGAUACAGGACUAACCUAAAGGGUGUCAAGAUGAUCGCUUAUAUCUUCUUGGUCCUGGUUGUGUUUGAGCCGACUUUUUCUGAAGGAUGUGGAAUGCGCCCUCCUUUGGCCCGUGUGGUGAAUGGUCAAAAUGCCAGUCCCCACUCCUGGCCAUGGCAGAUUUCUCUUCGCGUGAGAGGUAGACACAUCUGUGGUGGAUCCCUUAUCAGGCCUGACUGGAUCCUAACUGCCGCACAUUGUGUGGACAGUAAUCCAUCGCCGAGUGCGUACACAGUUGUAGCGGGUGGUCAUAGGCGAACCGGAACUACGUCCGUUCAGCAGACUUUUCGAGUGAUAACCCUUCAUAAACACAGCGGUUUUUCCAUGCAGAAUCUAAAGCACGACAUAGCAGUUCUUCAGCUGGAAAGAAAUGUAGAGAUGAGUGAUAAAAUUACAACAGUUUGCCUCCCACAACAAGAUGCAAAUUUGAAUUCUGAGUGCUAUAUAACAGGGUGGGGCCGUACAUCUGGUGGCGGGGCAUUGCCAGAAAUACUCCAACAGGCCAAACUUCCACUGGUGUCCCAUGACGAUUGUAAAAUGAAGUACGGUGUGGUGGACAGGAGUGCUCACUUGUGUGCUGGAGCGGGACGUGCUGGUGCCUCAGGAGGGUGCAAUGGGGACAGCGGUGGUCCACUCGUGUGCAAUGAAGGUGGCAGGUGGUAUUUGCAUGGAGCUGUCAGUUUUGGAAAACGGGACUGUCCAACAACCCACUAUACAGUUUUCACAAGGAUCAAGAGCUACAAUUCGUGGAUAUUGGGGAAAAUAGGGGGAGGAGGCGGCGGGCCUAACCCCCCACCCCCACCCACAGGAACCGCACAGCCCCCACCUCCACCACCACCACCGACGCAAGCACCACCACCACCACCCAGUUGUGGGGACAAGUGGAAUGCGUGCAAAGCAAAUAAACAUUACUGCACAACGUCAACUGUGAUAAAAGAAUUAUGUCCAAAAACCUGCAAUGCAUGUAAGUAAUUCCAAAAAAACAAUAAACAAGAUAUUAAGAAAGAGCUCAGUAAUCAGAUAAACUUUGACUAAUUGCACUUAUUCUUCCAUUAAGAAAGGGGAACCAAAUCCUUCGCCUGAACUAAACAGAAUGUCCUCAGUAACACAGGCUUUUGAUUACUCUAUGUCGUCC